AUGGAAACAUCUCCGACACCUCAGCCGCCACUCCGGAUCGGGACCCGACGAUCCAACCUGGCCAUGGUCCAGGCGGAGGGCAUUCGGAAUUGCCUGCAAAAGAUUGCCCCGGAUCGAUCGUUUGAAAUUGAAGCCCUCCGCACGCUGGGUGAUCGAGACCAGUUAACGGCGCUGUAUAACUUCGGUGCCAAGAGUCUCUGGACUACAGAGCUAGAGGAAAAGCUCAAUGCCGGCGAACUGGAUGUCAUUGUGCACUGUCUAAAAGACAUGCCAACGAGCCUUCCCGACUCCUGUGAGCUCGCAGCUAUUCCGCCCCGUGAUGAUCCCCGGGAUGCCUUGAUCGUGAAGGCUGGCCUGCCCUACACGAGCUUGAAGAGCCUCCCCGAGGGCGCCGUGGUAGGCACUUCAUCCGUCCGGCGCUCAGCCCAGCUCCGCCGUCUCUAUCCCCAUCUCCGCUUUGCCAAUCUCCGCGGCAAUGUAGAGACUCGUCUCGCUAAGGUGGACAAUUCCGAUAGCGAGUACACAUGCAUGGUGAUGUCUGCUGCGGGCCUUGAGCGGGUAGGCCUUGAGCAUCGGAUUAGCCAGUACCUGGGCUCUAAAGAUGGGGGUAUUCUCCACGCUGUCGGACAAGGUGCCCUGGGCUUGGAAAUUCGCAAGGGAGACAGGAAGAUGCAGGAAUUGCUGGGUCAGUUGGCUGACCAGCAGUCCACUCUUGCUUGUCUCGCUGAGAGGUCUCUUAUGAGGACCCUUGAGGGUGGGUGUAGUGCUCCCAUUGGGGUGGAAACGGAGUGGAUUUCUGCGGGUGCCUUGAGCAUACAUGCUAUCGUUGUUAGUUUGGACGGUACUAAGAGUGUCGAGGACACUAUUGUCUCGAAUGUUAAAACUGUCGAGGAAGCAACGGCACUCGGGAAAGAACUCGCGGCUAGACUGGUCAAGGCUGGUGCUGGGGAGAUUUUGAACAAUAUCAAUGCCAACCGACCUCCCAAGAACUGA